CAGAAGCCUUUGAGGAGGGGGAUGGCUCUUCAUAUUCAUGAAGCUUGCAUACUUCUAUUGGUCAUCCCUGGAUUGGUCUCCUCUGCCGCCAUCAGUCAUGAAGACUAUCCUGCUGAUGAAGGUGACCAGACCUCCAGUAAUGACAAUUUGAUCUUUGAUGACUAUCGAGGGAAAGGGUGUGUGGAUGACAGCGGCUUUGUAUACAAGUUGGGAGAACGGUUUUUCCCUGGGCAUUCCAACUGUCCCUGUGUCUGUGCUCUAGAUGGACCUGUUUGUGACCAGCCAGAAUGCCCCAAAAUCCACCCGAAGUGUACUAAAGUGGAACACAAUGGAUGCUGUCCUGAGUGCAAAGAAGUGAAAAACUUUUGUGAAUAUCAUGGGAAAAAUUACAAAAUCUUGGAGGAAUUUAAGCCCUCUCCAUGUGAAUGGUGUCGCUGUGAGCCCAGCAAUGAAGUUCACUGUGUUGUAGCAGACUGCGCGGUUCCUGAGUGUGUCAACCCAGUCUAUGAACCAGAACAAUGUUGUCCUGUCUGCAAAAAUGGUCCAAACUGCUUUGCAGGAACUACAAUAAUUCCGGCUGGCAUUGAAGUGAAAGUGGACGAAUGUAACAUCUGUCACUGUCACAACGGGGACUGGUGGAAGCCCGCUCAGUGUUCAAAGCGUGAAUGCCAAGGCAAGCAGACUGUGUAGGACAAAUUCCCAACCAAUGACAAGUUCUUAGGAGAGGAUGCUAUGGCUUCUACAAUGCACAUGUUUAACACAAAACAAAACAAAAAACAAACUCCUGCCAGCUACAACAGGGUCACCAGCAAAAACCUUUUAGGGUUGACAAAAGUGAAUAUUUUACUAAGAGGAAAUUUCUUUUUCUCUUGCUAUAUAAAAUAUACAUAGUAUAUAGCUAUCUAAACCGCUUUUGUAAUUACCAAUGCUUGUUGGUGACUUGAUGACUGGAUUUCUGGAACAAAAGAAAGAAAUAGCCUUGCACAGGCUCUUUUCCUGGUGAUGCCUCUCACCUACCAGCCUACCAUCCUCUGAUUUACUCCAUUUUCCUCUUCUGUACAUCCCACGUGGCAUUUGCACUUGUAGUGUUUUUGUUUUUUUUUUUUUACCUCUAGAGCAUAAAUGGCCAGAUUUGACUGCACAGUAAAUUUGAGUUGUAUCAAAAAAACGUUUGGUUAAGAAACAUCAGUGAAAAGGAAACUUUCUCAGCAGGGAGACACAAGAACAUCCAGCCAAUUGCUCCCCUAAAGUGAAUUACUCCCUGUAAGCUAAGAAAAGAGGAGUGAAAACAUAGAUAGACCCUCUGCUGGGCUGGAUCAGAACUGGCACUUUGUCUAUUAUGUCGGGGUUCACGAUUUGACUCUAACAAACCACGCAUUUCAUACACAAAACCUUGAAACUGCCAAGCAAAAUGAAUAGGUGAAGAAAACCAUGAGCUCGACUAAAGAGUCCAAAGAGCGAUAGGCACUGAAAAUUGUAGCAUUCAACACCACACCUUUUCAUGAUGCUGAACUUGAGUUUGGUUUAUAACUAAACAUACUGUAAACCCACUCUGUCACCAGGCAAUAUAAAUCCCAGAACCAGGGUGAGUAGCCCCACUGUGAAUCUGGAUUGUUUUCAAUACUUCUGACUUUCGAGUUCCAAUCUGAUUGAAAGCCAGUAGUACACAGAGCAGUUUUUAUGGUUCAGGACUGUGUUUGCCAUGUUACAGUAACAACCACUCAGCCCUAAAUCUAAAAUCCAGAUUCAGGACACUCUUUCCACCUCAAGUGCUGAUUUCAAUUAAAGAUUAGGGUAGAGUGAAUCUUGCACAAUAUAAUUCCAUUUGUUGAACAUUUUUUUAAGUGUAUAUAUUAGAUAUUGAACUACUAAAAUGAACCUUCGAAGAGUCUCAAGGUUGCCCUGGUAAUGCUGCUAGUAUAGUAACAGAAAAAAUAGAAUAAAAUACACAGGGUAUUUGAUGUCACCUCGACUCAAGUGCAAAAUUCGCAAUUCUGAGACCACAUGGCCCAGUUAGUCUCUUAUUUCACUCUCCUGUCCUAAAAACCCUGGUGCAGAUACAAUAGAGGAUUCUUUAAGGUUGUCUUCACUGUCAGAGUUCUUUCUUUUUCUGCUCUCACACCAACCUGGUCUUCACCAUGGCUCCUGUGGAGUGCUGUAUUCUCGAGCAGGGUGUUUCAGCCUUACAGAUUGGUAUUUGCACCAAAUCAUCCAUUUGUUGGGGAGGGGGGUCCUGUACACUUUUUAAGAUGUGCAGUAGGAGCCUAACUUCUAUCCACAGUGCCAGUAGCAAUUCCCUCUGUGACAACUAAAUGUCUCCAGACAUUGCCAAAUGUCCUCAAGGGAUGGGUUGGGGUGCAGAAUUUCACCUGGUUGAGAAGCACUGGUGAGAAUAAUCAUGGGUUGGCUUCACCAGGGUUGGGCAUGCUGGACAAACUCUGCCUACACUGUAGCUUUGGUGAAGCCCUGAGUGCUUCGGGCCAUGCACAAACAGCAGGCCUGAAGGUCAACCUCCUCCAUCAGGAGGGAUGCUUCUAAGCCCACAGCUCCACCCUCAGAACACCAGUUUCUAGUCUCAAGAAACAGCUUUUCAUUUAAAACGUCAACUCUCCUCCUUGGAAAUGUCUCCUGUCAUCAAAAAAGAGUUGUCAUUUCCAAAAUUAAUGUGCUGAUGAGCUGCACCUGACACUUUUAUGCACACUGUGCUCGCGUUGUGAUACACACAGCCAUGCCGAUGCCACCGUGAGGAAGCACAUCCUGCCGCCUUCCCUCAGAACACCAAUUUGCUGCAAGGUUGGUGCCUUUCGGUUGCCACCAUGGAUACAUCACAGAGACAGUCAUGAAUCAUUCAUGAACAAUUCUGCAUGAUUUAUGCCUGCACUCCAAAGUAAAGGCAUUCCACACUUCAGCUUGUGUCUAGACGGAGACGUAUUAUAGAGCUUUCUUUGCCCUGAGGUUGCCUGUUGCCAGCUUCAAAAAUCCACACUUGGAAAGAAAUAAUAAUAAUAAUCAUUAAUGACAGGAAUAAGGUUUGAAACUCAAAAAAUAUUAAUAGAGCCAUGUAGCAUAGUACCUUAUCUAUUAUUCAGAAGUUACUGUGUCCUUUCUAGAAAACAGAAAGAAAGUGCAACUGGGAAGCUGAGGUACAGAAAUUUUGCAUCAAAGUCUUAGCACAGUUAAAGUCACAGCAAGAAUUUCCUAGAAUGGAGGAUACUAUCCACCCAGACACUCUCUUCAGAGAGCUGACAGGAGGGAGGUGCUCAGAGGCCUCUGUUACCAGCUAGAGAGGGAGCGUUUUAUUGUUGUUCUUCUUUGGUUUGGGAUUUCUUUGCUUUGUUUUUUAUUUUCACUAUAAGUGUUUCUUUUAAGACUUUGUUGCACUGACAUUUUUCCCCCUUAGGGAGAGAUGAACCUAUACUGUGACAGAAUUUCUCACAAACCAAUCAGCAUUUUACAACUUCCUUCUACCCAGGUCAUUGAGAAAUUCUUUCCAAACUCUGAACUACAGAGUUCUGGUUUCAUCUGCUGGUUUUUCUUUUUGCUUUGAAGGCUUUGUUUGCAGCCACCGCGUCACCUCUGCAUUUCCAUUUCUCCUCUGCCUUUGGUUCUCCACUUUAACUACAGCUAUGUUUAAACAAGGGAUCAACAUCCUGUUUGUCAGCUGAUGCCUGUUAAAAAAAGAUUCAGUUUCUAAAAUCUUUGAAAAAUGGUGUGCCUGAAAACUAGUGAGAAAAAAAAACCUAAACAUUAAACUGUAAAAAGGGGACUCUAGCAACAAUAUUUGAUGUGUAAAAGAAUAUAUUAUUAAAAAAUUAUUUUGUUAAAUAUAAAGUGUGUU